AUGGCCAAAAGCAAGGUCAAGGGCGGCGAUGCCAAAAAGGUAGUCGCCGAGAAGGCUACAAAGGCUCUCACAUCAGUCAAGGAAGGUCGCGUCACCAAGCCGUCUCAGGCACCAAAGGCCAAGAGCAAGGAGGUAGCCAAGCAGGCCGUCUCGAAGUCCGACGCCAAGGACAAGAAGAGCAAGAAGGCUAAGAAGGCACCGACGCCCCCGCCAGUGAGCUCCUCUGAGUCCGAGAGUGAGGCCGAGACCAGCGCCAGCUCCGAAAGCAGCGAUAGCGAAUCUGAGGUCGAAGCUCCUGUGCCUGUCAAGGCUAACGGUGCUGCGAAGGUUGCCAAGAAGGACGACACUUCCGAGUCCAGUGAGAGCGAGGAGGACGAUGAGGCCAGCUCGUCUGACUCUGACGAGGAAGAGGCUCCGGCCAAGGUCAAUGGCGCUGUGAACGGGGAUGCAAAGGCGGGCGCUGAUGAUACUUCGUCCGAGUCCGAGUCUGAUGAGGAAGAUGCCGAGUCUGACGAGGAGGACGCAAAGGCACCAGUCGCUGCCGCCAAGCCCAACGGUGCUGCGAAGAAGGCUGAUGAGGCUACCUCCGAGGACACCUCCGACGAGUCUGACGCCGAGUCCGAUGCCUCUUCGGAGAGCGAGAGCGAGCAAGAGGCGCCGUCCAAGCAAGAGGAACCGUCCAAGAAGCGCAAGGCCGAAGCCGAAGCCACACCUGUCGCCAAGAAGACCAAGACCACUGCGAGCACCGACGACUCGAACGGUAUCAAGAAUCUCUUCGUUGGCAGUCUCAGCUGGAACGUCGACGAGGACUGGCUUGCGCGCGAGUUUGAGGGGUUCGGAGAGAUCGUUGGAUGCCGAGUCAUCACCGACAAGGCUACCGGCAGAUCCAAGGGCUUUGGCUACGUCGAGUUUGCCAACGCUGCUGAUGCCGCAAAGGCCAAGGCAGAGAAGAACGGCGCUGAGCUCGAUGGCCGCGCCAUGAACGUCGACUUCAGUACGCCGCGUGACAACAAUACACCCGGCGGCUUCAAGGACAAGGCCAAUGCCCGCGCCGACAAGUUUGGCGACAGGAAGAGCGCGCCUGCUGAUACCCUCUUCAUCGGCAACAUUUCCUUCGACGCCACUCCCGACCUGGUCAGCGAAGCCUUCGCCGAGUACGGCACCGUCCAGAGCGUCAGGCUGCCCACCGACCAAGACACCGGCUCUCUCAAGGGCUUCGGAUACGUUUCAUUCGCCUCGAUCGAAGAGGCUCAAGGAGCUUUGGACGCCAUGCAGGGCGCUGAUAUUGCCGGCCGCAACAUCCGUCUCGACUUUGCCGGACCGAAGCCUGACAACGGUGGUGGCCGCGGAGGGUUCGGUGGCCGUGGUCGUGGAGGCGAUCGUGGCGGUCGUGGUGGCCGUGGCGGCGGGCGUGGAGGCUUUGGUGACCGCGGUGGCCGCGGCGGCCGGGGUGGUGGUCGCGGAGGCUUUGGCGACCGUGGUGGACGAGGCGGGACUACCAACCGUGGCGGCUUCGGCGACUUCAAGGGCAAGAAGAUGACGUUCUAG